UCCGCCAGUGACAUUACAAAUGUGACAAUCGGUGCCACCGUCGUGGAGCCAAAAUGGCGUUAGUUUCACGAAUCUCUGCGAAAAAUUCGCCGUACUUUCCCCGUUUUUUGCGUAUACAUCGAGGUUUUUCAGAAGUAAAAGGAUGAUGUCAUCCGAAGCAACUGCUGCAGUAGUAAGCCUGCAGUAAAAUCUGUUAGAAAUACACCCAUAUAUGUACUUAACAUAAAUUAGCCUCUAUUACGGAAAUAUGCAGAAAGACAGAUACUCCGGUGAUUCCAGUCAAGAAUUGCUAGCAUACAAUGUGCAUGUGUGCAACAAGAAUUAACAAAAAAAUAAAUAAAUGUUUGGUCACCAUUAAAAAGCUUUGCAAUUACAUAAUUUGCAUGCGCCUACACAUCGUUUUAAUUACUCUUAAUUAAAUACAAUUACCAUAAUUUUUCACUAAAUGAAACUAAAUGCAAAUACAGUUUUAUGUUAAUAGAAAGGUAAUUUUAUUGCUGUUUUCUGUUAUAUUCAAAUGGUCAUAAAAGGAAGUCACCGCACAAUUUGUCACUGUGGAUAAAUAUUUAGAUGCAUAUGUAUUUCCUCUCCUGGUUCCCCGAGACGAGCCAAAUAUAGGACUGCACGGCCUGCGCUAACUAACCCGUUACCUUUGCUGCGAUUCCCCGCCCCGUCACCUCAUUAUGUAAAUUUGAGGACCGCCCACCUGACGUCACUGAAAAUGGCAGCCUACUUGAGUCGCUUGCAUCACAUUGCCCUCCACGUUGGGAACGUUGACAAAACAACAUUCGACCUUCUUACUAAAUUUAAAUUUAAUUUAUUUGCUGUGAGGCGAACUAGGGAAUCGAGACAAUAUGCUCUUCGAAAGGGCUCGGCCGUGUUCGUUGUCAAUGAGCGAUUAAAUCGGACGUUUACUUUGAAUGAAGGAGCGGCGUGGAGUCCCCGGCACAGCUCGGUCACUCCUCAGACCUUGAAUGAUGAUUCCAGAUUUCUGUAUGGCGUUCAAGAUAACAGUUGCGUUGAUACUGCAUGUAAUGUGUGCUUUGAAGUAGAGGACGUGGAAAGCGUGUUUAAUUCUCUUUACAAGCAAGGCUGCGAUUUUCUGGUUCCGCCAACCUCUGUGGUGGACGACAAUGGACGUGUGACUUACUCCGUUGUAAAAUCCAUCGUUGGCAAUGUUUGUCACACGCUUGUUGAUAGGACUAAGUAUAAAGGGGAGUUUUUACCCGGCUUUCAAGAUGUUAACGUCGACAGUGCGGUCAGCACGGACGGAGAAUCAUCGUGUUCCGUUUGCCAUUUUGAUCAUAUAACAUAUGCAUGUCCCAGGAAAAGUACGCCGGAAGUUAUGCGAUGGUAUGAGAAAAAUUUUGGCUUCAAGAGGUUUUUCAUUGACAGGAAUGAGGAUGUGAAUGAAGGCUAUGUCAUUGAUCAGGAUGGCAUUGGUCUGCGGCUGACCGCUAUGGAGUACUGGAAGUGUAGUGAGCUGGAAGUGAGUCUUCCCUUCAAAAACAAACGGGAUCCGGACUGCAAGUUCGUCGUUGCGGAGUCGCUGCCGUACCAAGGAUCAAACCAAGUGGACAGCUUCCUGGAGCAGCAUGGGGGAGCAGGCAUCCAGCAUGUGGGGCUGUAUACUCCAGACAUCGUGUCCUCUGUGGACACGUUGGCUGAGGCGGGGGUGCAGUUCUUUUCCCCCCCACCAACAUACUAUACCCAGGUGGGCAAGCUGCAGGAGAUAGAGGAUGCAGGUCAUGACCCUCGAUUACUCUCCCAACACGGGAUUCUCCUGGACAGCGACGUGCGGCAGAACGAUUCCGACAAUCACCUCACGGCCAGCAGAAAUAAGAGGUACCUCCUCCAGGUGUUCACCAGGCCUAUCUUCACCGAGGACACCUUUUUCCUAGAGCUGAUUGAACGGCGCGGGGCGAUGGGUUUCGGGGAGGGCAACAUCCGUGCCCUCUGGAGAUCCGUGCAGGCUUACAUGGAGGGGGGGGACAGGGAGAGGCAGGCGCUGGUUUCAGGGGCCACCACUGCGGACUCCAGCCGUCACUGACCACAACGAAGCAUUUCAAUGCCUAACUAUACGUAUUUAUGCAUUUCUGAUGUCGUCAGAAUUCUCUGAACACAGAGGCUAAUAAUAAAUGCUACUGAACAUGA